AUGGACAAGCUCAUCGAUGAGCGCUUCGAGCGCCUCGAAAAGGCACUCUCAGGCCUCAUCGAUUCGGUCACAAAGUACCAUCCGUCAAUGAACCUCGCUGAGGAACUCAUGGCCGCGGACGCAGAGCUAACAAAGGGCCUUGAGCAAGUACAAACCCACCAGAAUAACCACCUACGGAUACUCGAACUACGGCAAGCUUCUACCAGCCUUGACACGCAAAUACGCGACACCCUAACAAGUCUUUCCAAUACUCGCCGAGAUAUUGUCAAUACACAUACUACGAAAUUUCCCUCCAGCCCCAACUACCCCAUUGUGUACGAGGAACUACUCAGCUAUGCGCGGCGCAUCAGCAAAACGACAAUGCCACCAGCCGCCACGAUAAAUGCAUCUUUCCCUCCAUCCGGCUUGCAGAGCCCCACAGUGGGUGAAUCUCAGUCCCAGGCCGUGACGCCCGCGGCGACAACACCUGCAGCCGGCGCGACACCAGCCACUGCUGCGACGCCAGCCACUAGCACACCUCUACCGACGCAAAGCCCAGCUGCCAUCAAUGGCGUGGGCGGUACGCAUGGCGUCUCUCUACAGCAUUCUUCCCAGCAUCCACAUCAGGGCAGCUCCUCGGGCCCUUCGCUGCUGACGAGCCUGCCGGAACCCAUGGCGCAGUACCUGAAUCCGCUCUCGGGCCAGGUCUUCUUCCCGUGGCCGCAGGAGGACAAGAUCCGGUCCGGAUCUCUGGCAUCCAAUCAGAUCCUCGUCGAGAAGGGUAUCGAUCCGCGGGGCUUCGAUCCUGUCGCGGAGGAAGAGCGCAAACGGAAAGAGGAGGCGGACCGCAAGGAGCGUGAGGAGCGCGAGGCAAGGGAGCAAGAGGAGCGCGACAGAAUCAUGCGCGAGGAGAGAGAACGGCUGCGGCAAGAGCGUGAGCGUCAAAGGGAAAAGGAGCAGAACGAAUGGCGCAGGGCGAGCGUCAUUGCGGGCGCGGCCGACGCGCCGGGAGGUGCGGCGCCCAAGGGCCCCGAGAAGAAGCAGUUCCAAUUCACCAAUCUGGAUGAUUUGGACGAUGACGAUGAUGACGACUAG